AUGAGUCGGGAGGAGACUCUCUGGCAGAACGAGCUGAAGGACGUGAUAUGGCUCGAGCUGCAAGCGUACCACGCGGAACGCACCCCCACCGAGGAAGACGCUUACCUCUGCUCCGCCAGGGAAUGCGUGGAGCCCCUCCUCAAAGACAUACAGAACUACCGUUUCCAACGGACCUCCCGACGGUACUCUACGCAGAACAGCGACAGCGGCGUCGAGGACGACUGCCCCGGUUGCAUUUGCCUACACUGCGUCUCUUGCAUGGAGGCCCAAAACGAAGCGUUGAGAGACGUCGAGACCUUAAUGAAAAGACUGGAAGAGGCGGAAAGUUUGUUCCCUUCGAGCCAAGCGUUCGCUGAAUUAUACCCGCUUUACAACAGUCCCGAGUUUGUUGGGAGGGUCAAGGCUAUGUGCUUGUGGUACAACAUGACCAAGCACCAGAGACUCAAGAUGAAUAUUCUGGGGCGGUUGCUGACCCUCUUGGAGAAUAAGAGCGGCGACUGGCCCAUCUUGGGGGAUGAUAUGAACUCCAGCAGCCCUUCCGACAGCAACAGCAGCUCGAAUUCCUCUAACAACGACUACAGCAGUUACUCGCGGCACAGCGACUUUUUCAAUGUCGCGCCUUUAGCGGUUCUGACUGUGAACAAAGACCAGAUAAAUGGCUGCCUCUACAGGAGGUACAUCGAGAACAUACUGAAAACCAGAACGUUGGAUAAGGGCUUGAGUUUCUUGAAUCGCCUUCACCAGCACAUCCUGAAGAAGGCAAUGUAUACCUUAGAUUUGCCGAAAUCGCAGGAAAUAUACUCGAAAGUUAGUUGUGAUACGGAAGAAGAAGAACUGCAGCGGUACGGUUGUUGGAGCCCGGAAGCGAAAGCGCUGAACUUGCCGUCCUACCGUGCCACCUUCCUCUUCCUUGCCAUGGUUCCCUUGGAAGUGAUCUACGAGUACCUGCAGAUGCGUAUCGACCAGAAGCCCGAAAACCCCUCGCCCCUCAGUGUGAGACAGCUGAUGAGGGAACUGAAGGAAGGCCUCAGGAUAGCCACCGAGGAACGUAAGCGCAGCAUCGAGUAUGGCAAAGCGGCACUUUCGGGGACAAACGAGAAUCUGCAGCACUUCCUCGAGAAGCGGGAUAAGUUUGAGCAGUGCACACUGAAGGUAUUCACCGAUUACUUGGAAUAUGUGGAGCAAUGGGUGCUUCUACACCAGAAUUCCUUCCAAAAGAACUUCCUGGAGGAGGAAAAUCAGUUCUCUCGGAGUAUCAUCGAGUUUAUUCCCGGGGGCGAGGAGCUGUUGGUCGGCAAGUUCUCGAAUAUCUUGGGGGCGAUCCUGAAGAGGAUCGCCGAUAGGCUUUUGCAAAGGAUCGAGCAUGUUUUGGAAGGGAUACCGAAGGAUAAUGAUGGCAUAUUAAAGCAAACUUUGUUUUCCAUGUGUCGUGAACUGCAGUCUCUCUUUAACGAAGAACGUGAAAUGAGCUUGAAAACCAUGGCCUUUCUUAAGACCUGUUGUAAAAUGGAAAAGGUUCCUCUGUCUUGCCAGAAAAAUUUAAAAGAAUGUAUCAUCUCUUUUAAAUGCAUAAUUCCGAAAGCUAUCGGGAAAGUGCAAGGCUUGUUCGAACACAUUAACUUUGCGUCAUUGGAAGAAUCCGACAAGGUGGCUUUAAAUUCAAGGAUUAGGGAAGUGUUGAUGCAGGUGUACAGAUUCGGCUUCGAGUUCUACAGGGAAAUGUCCGAAUCGACCCCGGCGGAAUUCCGGUACCGCCUGGUUUACAGCAUGGUGGACUUCGCCAACUUGUGGAUGAAGUUCGUCACGGAACGGUGCGAGAGGGGCCGCGGCAUGCGUCCCCGGUGGGCUUACCAGGGCAUGGAGUUCCUCCUGACGGUCUGCGAACCGGCGAACACUGUACAUCUAACCGAGGAGAAGUUUGAGAAGCUCAAGAAGGACAUGGACGUGUGCAUUUCUCACUUAAUCGGCACCACGGCACCUUCUACGCCCGAGAGCGGUUUUCACUCGGCCUCUCCCAGAGGCUUGGAUCAUAUCAGGUCUAGGUCGAGGGGUUCCUCGCCCAGUCCCAGGCCGGCUUAUAUGAGUCAGCGGUCGGGGAUGAUGAAGAAGACCAGCGCGGAGCAGUCGCCGUGUAAGGAUUUCGUCGAUGCUGUGAAUUUGAAUGUUGCCAAGUGUAGAAUGUGCGGUUUUAUGGGUGUGAAAUGGAGAAGAGGUGGCAUCACCUCGAACACAUGGCCUUUGGUUCAGAGUCUACGGAAGGAAGAGAGGAGCGGCCCUCCUGCCGUGAGGAUAAAAUUCCCCACGAAAAUCCACUCGGAACACUACCGAGAAGCCGUGGAAACCCUAGACGCCGAAUUAGACAACAAUUUGCGCAAACAGAACCUGAUCGGUAAAGUCCUGACUUGUAACACGGAGACUAGGUGUCACAUCCGUCGGAAGAACGUGACGUUUUCGUGGCAGCGCGGCAUCAAGAUCGGACAGGGACGUUUCGGGAAGGUCUACACGGCCGUGAACAACAACACCGGUGAUAUGAUGGCGGUGAAGGAGAUUUCCUUGCAGCACAACGAUAACCUCACCAUAAAGAGGGUCGCGGAGGAGAUGAAGAUCCUGGAAGGGAUCGUCCAUAGGAAUUUGGUUCGGUACUAUGGCGUGGAGGUGCAUAAGGAUGAAAUGUUGAUAUUCAUGGAAUUCUGCGAGGAGGGCACCCUAGAGACGCUCAUAGCGGCUACCGAGCACGGCCUGCCCGAACUGCUGGUGAGGAAGUACACAUUUCAAUUGGUGUCGGGCGUGGCCUGUCUGCACGACCACGGCGUCGUCCACAGGGACAUCAAGACAGCUAACAUCUUUCUGACUGAGGGAGGCAACUGCCUGAAGAUAGGCGAUUUCGGUUGCGCAGCUAAAAUUAAAUGUAACACCACGAUGCCCGGGGAGUUGAAAGGGUUCGUCGGAACGCAAGCUUACAUGGCCCCGGAGGUUUUCACGAGGAACAUGACGGAGGGACAUGGGAGGGCAGCUGAUAUUUGGUCGGUGGGGUGCGUUGUGGUGGAGAUGGCGUCGGGAGAGCGACCCUGGCACCAGUACGAUUCCAACUACCAGAUAAUGUUCAAGGUGGGCAUGGGGCAGAGCCCCGAUCCGCCCGACGACAUGAUCGACGAAGGGCUGGACUUCCUCGAGUUGUGUUUCAAACACGACCCCAAGGAUAGGGCGACGGCCCGGGAACUACUCACACACAACUUUGUCAAGGUCGGCGAUGACUUAAUGUAAAGGGUAUUUAUGUUUUUGAGGGUGGGAUCCAAGUUAUCUUUAUAAACGUACUGAAAUUUUAAGGCAUGUUAGUAGUGAAUAUAACGUACUUAAAGGAUCAUUAGCUUCGGACCCCGAAGCGUACUUAUCGUAUAUGUGGCAUUCUUUUUAUGUGGACAAGUUUAUUUUAAUAUUUUAGGGUGAGCGAAAAAGGCAUUUUAAAAAAGGCGACCGAGUCUUGAAUCGACUAUUCUUGUCUUCGAUAUGUUUAUUAGAAAUUCGUUACUGAAUUGUGAUAAAAAUUGUCUUAAAUAUUCUCAUUCCAGCUAUUUUAUUUAAUGAUAAGUGUAAUAGCACAUCUUCUUCUGAAGUUACUUCUAAUUUAAUGAUCUUUCCUGUUCUAUUUGUGGAAAUAUGUAGAUCUAGUCAUAAUAUUGAAAAGCAGUGACGGAUGUUCACGUAAUUGAUAACCCCCUCGAGCCGCCACUGUCGCAACUCAGUUAAUAUUGAAAUCAUUUGAAAAUUACAAUUUUACUAUUUUCCCAUUAUUUUAAAAAUAUUUAUUUUUGUAAUGAACGAUGGAAAUGGCCUUUUGAGAAAUUGUGAUAUAUUUUAUGUAAAUAUAUGAUUUUGCAUGACUUAAUUUUUGAUCAGUUUUUGUGAUCGGUAUACAAAUUAAAAUUAUUUACUCUUAUUGUUAGUAUUAUGAAAUGUUAUUGAUUGUAUAUAGGCUGACAUGAUGUAUUUUAUCAUUUAGAGAUAUAGAUUGUUUAACUGUUAUGACAAAUAAAUAUUAUGAAAAUA